AUGGCAGCUAGGAUUCCAAUCAGCCAUGUUCCGGCCAUGUUCGCCCGCCGCCAGCCUAAGGUGUUCAACAUCUCCAAGCGCCUUCAAUCUUCCUCCGCUACCCAAACCCAGAACCCCGCCUAUCCGCUCUACCCCUCCGUCGCCCAGCUCCUGCACCAGAAGAACGUCCCCGAAUCGGAAGUGUCCAAGAUCCCGGCCUCAGGUCCCAAGGGCCGGCUGCUGAAGGGUGAUGUCCUGGCCUACCUCGGCCAGAUCGCCGCCGAAUACCCAGCCACGCAAGCGGCGACGCUCGCCAAGCUCGCUCACCUGGACCUGAGCAACAUCAAGGUCGCCGCGGCACCGGCCCCUAAGCCCGCGCCGGUCGCGGAGGAGGUCGUUGCCAAGCCGCCGGCCAUGGUUUCCCUGGCUAUUUCAAUCUCGCUGGCUGCCGUUCUGCGCGCGCAGGACAAGAUCGAGCGCAAGCAGGGCGUCUCGGUGCCUCUGUCGCGCUUCCUGGCUGUGGCUACGGACCUGGCCAACGAUGAUCUGCCUCGCUCGAAGACCGACCCGCGCUCCACCGACGAGCUCUUCGAUGAGAUUCUCGGUGCCGAGCCCAUCAAUACAUCCCGGGGCGACUACAUUCCCGAAUUGAACGCCUUCGAGGCCCAAGCUGCGCCCGAGCCAGUGAAGGAGGAUCUCAUCGACUUCCUCACUGCCAAGCCAUUUAAGAAGACUGUGCCUGUUUCAUUGCCAAUUGCGGACGGCAUGGCCACGAAUGUCUUCAGCCUGACCGUUCCCAAGGCUGAGGAGCUGCGCGCCAAAGAAUUCCUGGAACGGAUGAAGACUCUCCUGCAGUACAAGCCUGCCAGGCUAGUGCUUUAA